AUGAGUUUUAUAUUUAUCUGUCUGUCUAUCUAUCUAUCUAUCUAUCUAUGUGUUUCUAUAUUCACCUCUAUCUCUGUUUACCCUUCUAUCUAUCUAUCUAUCUAUCUAUCUAUAUAUCUAUCUAUCUAUAUAUCUAUCUAUCUAUCUGUCUCUGUUCAAUCCUUCUAUCUAUAUAUCUGUUCACCCUUCUAUCUAUCUAUCUAUCUAUCUAUCUAUCUAUCUAUCUGUCUCUGUUCAAUCCUUCUAUCUAUAUAUCUGUUCACCCUUCUAUCUAUCUAUCUAUCUAUCUAUCUAUCUAUCUAUCUGUCUCUGUUCAAUCCUUCUAUCUAUAUAUCUGUUCACCCUUCUAUCUAUCUAUCUAUCUAUCUAUCUGUCUCUGUUCAAUCCUUCUAUCUAUAUAUCUGUUCACCCUUCUAUCUAUCUAUCUAUCUAUCUAUCUCUGUUCAAUCCUUCUAUCUAUAUAUCUGUUCACCCUUCUAUCUAUCUAUCUAUCUAUCUAUCUCUGUUCAAUCCUUCUAUCUAUAUAUCUGUUCACCCUUCUAUCUAUCUAUCUAUCUAUCUAUCUAUCUAUCUAUGUAUCUCAAUCUGCUCAUCCUUCUAUCUAUCUAUAUAUCUUCUGUUAAUCUUUCUAUCUAUCUAUCUCAGUCUGUUCAUCUUUUUACCUAUCUCAGUUCAUUCUUCUAUCUAUCUAUCUCAGUCAGUUUAUUCUCCUAUCUAUCUAUCUCAGUCAGUUUAUUCUCCUAUCUAAAUCUGUCUAUUCCUCUAUCUCAGUUUGUUCAUUCUUCUAUCUAUCUAUCUAUCUAUCUAUCUAUCUAUCUAUCUAUCUAUCUCAGUCCCCAUUUUUGA